CUCGGAGAUCUUACUGCAAUAUAUACAAGGAUACGUUACAUAUGGAGUAGCAAGCGAGCAACCUUCCUGCACUGCCAUUCAGAACUAGCUUCCUACGAGCAAAAAUGGAAAACAGGUCGAAUCCUCCCCCUCAUGUCCUAAUCUUUCCUCUCCCUUGCCAAGGCCAUGUCAACUCCAUGCUCAAGCUAGCCGAGCUUCUAAGCCUCGCCGGAAUUAACAUUACCUUCCUAAAUUCCGAGCACAACCAUGAGCUUCUAGCCCGUUAUACGAAUAUUGAAGAUCGUUUUACGAAAUAUCCUGGGUUCCAAUUCCAGACCAUAGCUGAUGGCCUGCCUGUAGAUCACCCGCGCUCAGGUGGCCAGCUCAUGGAGCUUUUUGACGCGAUGAAGUUGGUUACAAAGCCAGUCUUUAAAAAGAUUUUGCUUGAGACUAAGCCGCCAGUUAACUGUAUUAUAGGAGAUGGGAUUCUUGGAUUUGUUGGUGAUGUUGCCAUUGAGGUUGGAGUUCCGUUUAUUUAUUUUCGUACCGUUAGUGCCUGUUCCUUCUGGGCUUAUUUUUCGAUUUUUGACAUUAUUGAAGGUGGUCAACUUCCCAUCAGAGGAAAUGAAGAUAUGGACCGUCUCAUAACCAAAGUACCGGGGAUGGAAACUUUUCUCAGGUGCCGAGAUCUUCCUAGUUUUUGCCGAGUCAGUGACAUGACACACCCGUUUCUCUUACUGGUCAUGAAUGAGACACGACAGUCCCCUCGAGCAAAAGCACUCAUACUCAACACAUUCGAAGACCUUGAAGGGCCAUUGAUGUCUCAAAUCCGAACUCAUUGCCCCGAGAUCUACAGCAUUGGACCUCUCCACGAGCACUUACAAGCAAAGCUCAGCGCGAAGAACGAAAAAUCGUGUCAAUCCUCCAACAGUCUGAGGGAAAUUGACAGGAGCUGUAUGACAUGGCUAGAUAAUCAACCUGAGAAAUCAGUGCUCUAUGUUAGCUUUGGCAGCUUCACAGUGAUGACUAGACACCAGUUGUUGGAGUUCUGGUAUGGUCUUGUUAGUAGCAAGAAGCGGUUCUUGUGGGUUAUAAGACCUGAUUCUAUUGCCACGAAAGAUGGUGAAUUUGAAAAAAUUCCUGUGGAGGUUGAGGAGGGGACUAAGGAAAGAGGGUUUAUUGCGGGGUGGGUGCCACAAGAGGAGGUUUUGGCACACAAGGCAAUUGCUGGGUUUUUGACACACAGUGGAUGGAACUCAACUUUGGAGAGUAUAGUGGCUGGAGUGCCUAUGAUUUGCUGGCCUUAUUUUGCUGACCAGCAGGUGAAUAGUAGGUUUGUGGGUGAAGUUUGGAAGCUAGGGUUGGACAUGAAGGACCAGUGCGAUAGAGAGAUCGUUGAAAAGAUGGUGAAUGACCUGAUGGUGGAGAGGAGGGAGGAGUUUGUAAGAUCGGCGACUAGGAUGGCAGAGUUGUCUAGAAAGAGUGUCAGAGAAGGUGGGUCCUCUUAUUGUAAUCUGAACCGUUUGAUUGAGGAUAUAAGGACGAUGAGUGUGCGAGUACAUGAUAUCUGAGAUAGAGGAGUAAGAUAUUGCUUGCACUUACCAUUUCACUGCGGUUUGCUUCGGAUUUCCUUGAUUUCAUGAAUAAAAUUAGCAGACAAUAAUAAACCAUGUCUUUCUUGGCAUUGAUAAA